AUGCCACUCUCGUCCCUUCUCCGCACUCCCGCCCGCCUGGGGCCGACGGUUGUUGCCCGCAGGUUAGGACGAGCUGCCUCGACUGCCUCCUCCAGCUCUUCGAGUCCGGCUCGUCCAUUAGAUUCUAUUCUUAUUGCUAACAGAGGAGAGAUUGCAUUGCGAGUUGGUCGGACUGCGGCCCAACACGGGAUCCGAGUAACUACGUUGUACACCGACCCAGAUAGCCGAGCGCAGCACGCAUUGAGCUCACCGUUUGCAUUCAACCUAGGCUCUGUCUCGGCCUACCUUGACGGCGAUCGUAUCAUUGAGAUUGCCAAGGCCGAGGGAUGUCAAGGAAUCCACCCCGGAUAUGGUUUUCUCAGUGAGAACUCCGAGUUUGCGCGAAAAUGUACUGAAGCCGGAUUGGUCUUCAUUGGCCCGCCAUGGGAAGCCAUCGAGGAUAUGGGAGACAAAAGCCAGUCUAAAAAGAUUAUGACCGCCGCCGGAGUGCCUUGUGUUCCCGGAUAUCACGGUGAAAACCAAGAUCCUAGCUUCCUCGAAGCUGAAGCCGACAAAAUCAAAUACCCUGUGCUCAUCAAAGCGAUCAAAGGCGGUGGCGGCAAGGGAAUGCGCAUAGCUCAGUCCAAGGCAGAGUUCCAAGCGCAACUUGCGUCUGCAAAAUCAGAAGCUAUGAACUCCUUCGGAGAUGACAAGGUCUUGGUGGAGAAAUACAUCACUACGCCACGACAUAUUGAAGUUCAAGUCUUUGCUGACAAGCAUGGAAACUGCGUGGCCCUCGGAGAGAGAGAUUGCAGUAUCCAAAGACGGCACCAGAAAAUCCUAGAGGAAUCCCCUGCUCCCCAUCUGCCGAACGCAACGAGAAAGGAUAUAUGGGCCAAAGCUAGGUCUGCCGCCUUGGCCGUUGGCUAUGAAGGUGCCGGUACGGUUGAGUUUAUCUUCGACAACGACACGGGAGAGUUUUUCUUCAUGGAAAUGAACACUAGACUCCAAGUCGAACAUCCCGUAACAGAAAUGGUCACGGGCCAGGAUCUUGUUCAUUGGCAGUUGAAGGUUGCUGAAGGCGCCAAACUCCCACUUGAUCAGGAGGAAGUAGAGGAUAAUAUCGCCCGCCACGGACACGCAAUCGAGGCCAGAAUUUAUGCCGAGAAUCCCGCUCAAGGGUUUAUCCCAGAUUCUGGUACCCUUCUUCAUGUUCGCACUCCCGCGAUCUCGGAGGACGUCCGAAUUGACGCAGGAUUUGUAGAGGGAGAUGAAGUGUCGGCGCAUUAUGACCCGAUGAUUGCAAAACUAAUCGUCAGAGGCAGUAACCGUCGAGAGGCGAUCCGAAAACUUGCUGGGGCUCUGGAAGAGUAUGAAGUGGCUGGGCCUGUGACCAACAUCGAAUUUCUAAAGACCAUUUGCAAAAGCCCUGACUUUAUCUCCGGCGCGGUUGAGACUGGAUACAUUGAGAAGCAUCGCGAGGAGCUGUUUGCGCAGAAAGUCAUCGAACCAGAACUGCUCGCACAAGUGGCAUUGGCUUGCCUGAACAAUGAUUCUGAGUUCGGGGCCCCGAACACGGCCAGCUUCGAAGGCUCUACCGUUGGAUUUGGGCCGGGCUAUCAGGAGCGACACAUGACGUUUACCGACCUAUCAUCGACCACGAAAGAUGGGAAUAACUUCGAGGUCCAGGUUCGACAGACCGGCGACAACGUAUACGAUGUGAAGGUGGGCGCGCAGGAAUUCAAGCAGGUUGUUAGCCACAGCAGUCCAGACUCCAACCUCGUCACAUCAUUUUUCCGCCACACGCGCCUCGACACCACCGUGAUUCAAGACGGCGACUCCAUUGUUGCGUUUCAACGCGGGCUGCAAUAUCGCCUGACCAUCCCUCGGGCCAAAUGGAUGGAAAAGGCGCUGGGGAUGAAGGAUGUCACAAAUAGUGUUUUAGCGCCGAUGCCGUGCAAAGUGUUGCGCGUGGAAGUACAAGUGGGUGACCUGGUGGAAAAGGACCAGCCACUAGUGGUGAUUGAGAGUAUGAAGAUGGAGACGGUUAUUCGCAGCCCACAGAAGGGAAAGAUUGCAAAAGUGGUCCACAAGAAAGGAGACCAAUGUCAAAGUGGAACACCUUUGGUAGAGUUUGCAGAGGAGACCUGA